GCUACCACCACCUCAUGCAGGCAGCAUGAAUCCGUCCGUCUUUAUCCAGCACUACACCGCACCUCUCAAUCAAGACAUCCAUAUAUUAGGCGCGUUAAAUAAUGUUCCCAGCCGAGACUUCGUCGCCACUGCUUUUCAGGACACAGCGUGGAAGCAAAAGCUACGACGUCUACUGGCCUCCCUCGAAAAUCCUGUCGCUGUAUCGCGUAAGGUACUCAAAGAUGCCAUAGAAUUUUCCAUUCAAUUGCAAGAGACAAUUCAGAUCUCGGGUCUUCCUCCCAGUGCAGGAGACAAGGACCGGGAGCAACAAGCCUUGCAGCGCGCUGUCGCUAACAAAGUAGCGGUUGCCCUGUAUGCCAAUGCUAUGGACGUAUUUCUUUCGGAAUCCAUCGAGCUAGAAGAUGAAGCUGAAUGGUGGGAGGAUGUCGAACGUUCUUGGGUGAAUGUGUUUUGGUAUCUCCUUCAAACUUUUCCCGUCCGAUGCAUCAAUGUCUGGAAGGUCGUUUUGAAUGCGGUUCAACGCGAACAUCGCUCAGCAUUCACUUUCGCUGCUCUUAGUCAACCCCUACGGUCUCCCUUUCAGCCGUCUAUCCUCUUAGCUUCUCUCUUUCCCCACACUACGUCUCAAGCACUCUCUUCGCUCUUCUUGCCAUUGACACCCCCGUCAGUCGGUUGUCUCCAUACUCUCAGGAGUGCCGUCAUGCGAUGCCUCCAUUCAUUAUGGAGGUUCACUAUCAUGCCGUUGGAGUUAACCAGGACUGAAUGUCACCUCAAGAAACGCGAACUACGUAACAUGAGGGAUGAAAGGGCCACAAUUCUGGGGAACCUUGGCACCUUGAGACAGUCACUUGCCGAUUCAUUCCAAAGUCUCCAUGACGAAGACGAAUAUCUGGUUCCCGAGCUUUCCAUAUUUGCAGGAGUUCUAAAAGGCGUGAUCCAAGGGAAGGCGCCGGACAAGUUUGAGAGCAGAGCCUCGGGGCUCUCAGAUUUCCGUGACAUCCAAAAUGAUAUUCUCCCUUCAUGCAUAACUGCCUAUGCAACUACCCUCGAAGAACGACAGCUUCGUAGACCAUCUCAAUUCGUACUGCUAUGGCCGAAAUUUCUCCUGGUGCCGCCUUUAGUGGCAUACACCAUCAGUUCUCUAUAUGCUUCUCGAGCCAGUUUAGCACAGAUGGCAUUGGAUGCACAUGAGACUGUCAAAAGCUUCAUUCUGCGAUGGCUAGUAGAGCCUUGCAUGGACAUCAUUCAUACUGUUCGUGCUCGCGGCGAAGACGGGGUCAUUGUCCAAAAGGAAGGCGUAACGGCUGACCUUGAGUCAUUGGAACGGAUGACCGUAUCGCUUGCUAAGGAGCACCUUCAUUACGGCUCUGACGAAUUAGCAGAGCUCUCCAAGCAAGUCAAACUUGGAGACAUCACGCCCGUCCUCAAGUUGUAUGAAAACGACAUCCGCAGCCCUCUCAAAUCUGUGAUAACAGGAAAUCUCCUUCGGACGUUAUUCAUUCAAGUCCAGAAGGCUAAGGUUGACAUUGAUCAAGCUCUAUUCGGAAUUGACAAACUAUUAAAGUCCCAAGAACUGACAUUCGCCUUCGUCGGUGUGGCACCUGCCUUUGGAAUCGUCUAUCUUCUCGGUGGCUACCUCAGCAGGGUCUGGACUGGUGGUCGAGGGCAAGGCCGAUAUGGCGGUAAACAUAAACGCACCAGCGUUUGGUUCGUAAUGCGUCGUAUAGAACGUCUUUUGACUUCUGGACCGCAACAUGCUACCUACGGCCAACGUAUCUCUCCCCUUACAGCCGGACUGCUUCUAGUGUCCGUCGCCUAUCUCCGCGCAUACGGAGAAAAGUAUCUUCCUUCUCGUUCCCGACUCCGUGAAGGAUUUUUGGAAGAUGUAGAAGAUCUGUCGAAUCCUAAUCUUGAUAGACAUGAGAAAAGAAUGGUGAUUGAAAGAAUGUGGAGGAGUUGGGGUUAUACCCUUGGAUGGGGCAGACUCGAGGGCAGUGAGAAGCUGAUGAUGUGA